CUCCAUAGAUAAAACAAGUGUCUUAUCUUUUAUUAACUUUAAUGUAUACUUGACAUUGUCGGACUCGUGCCUUUGUAAAAUGUCGGCAAAAGUCGUAAUUUUUCUUGUGAUUAUUUAUGCAGCAGAUGAAGUGAGUUCGACUGUUUUCAAGGACUGUGGUUCCGUUUCGGGGAAAAUUUUAUCCGUGGAUGUAUCGGGCUGUACGACAGAGCCCUGCAUUUUUUACUCUGGCACAAACGAGACACUUACCGCAAAUUUUACAUCAAAUGUGGUAUCUAACAAGCCAACAACUGUUAUAACAGGAAUCAUUUCGAAUCUUCCCGUUCCUUUUCCCGCAGAGAAGGAUACAUGUGCCCAUCAAACACAGUGCCCUAUACAAGCAGGAAAGCAAAGUGUUUUUACGAUUACACUACCUGUUCUUAAAUCAUAUCCUCACAUAAGCCUUUUGGUGAAAGGUGAAGUUCGUGACGACAAUGGAAAGGAUAUCAUGUGUUUUGUGUUCCCUGCACAAAUAAAGCCGAAAGACUGAA